UUGGGCCAGAGAGACAGUGACCUCAUAGAGGGCUGAUAUCAGCCUGCAGGAUAAAUUCCAGAACCCCAGGCCAGAGGCUCAGACCAGAACACACCUUUAUGGUGGCAGGUCUCUCUGGCUGAAGCUCCUACAGGAGAUUUUGCCAGGUUUUCCACGGAAUACAAAAAACUCAUUAGCUUCUUAGACGACAUAUCGGAUGGACGGACAAAGAAAGCGACAGAGCAAAAGGAAACAACAUACGCUUCCUAAAGCAAUGAAGAAAAACAAGACCAAAGACAUAACCAAUGAAAUUACAAAAAUAAUGACGUGGUUUGUGUCUGAGGUAACAGACAUAAUAUAUCCAGCAAUAAUUCAAUAUGAAGGAAGAAAAAUCGCAGAGAGAGACAGGGGAGAUGAUGAGGGCAAUGCCAAAAACUUUGUCUUCACAGACAGAAACAGAACACCCAGCAGAUCACCGGGAUGUAUGAGGAGAGGGAGGAGAAGGAAAAUAAUCCAACUGUUUUCUCAACAGGCACCUAGCCAGUCUCCAACAAGAAGGCACCUUGCAAGAAAGCCUUUUUUUCCAUCAUUCAGAAAGGUAUUUCCCAAAGAGGAAGUAGCAAUGCAGGGAGAUUUCAGCAAGCCCCUGGCAACAUGCACAGCUGAGCCUCAAACACUGCAGUCACCAACCAGUAUUUAUGCUGAUGCUUUUUUUAAAGAGAUAUAUGAUGAACUAAUAAGCAAAAUAGUCCUAUCACAAAACCCACAUAUUCAGGACAUUCCAAUCCCUGGAAGCAAUCCCUCAUGUAUCAGCACAGCUGGAGCUGAUUCAAUCCUAAAUAAGCUUUCCAUAUGUCAGGCCACAAACCUGCAGCCUUCUGAAGACCAGGGUCUCUCCCCUGACAUAGACACAUUGACGGCCAAAAUUAUUCUUUCCAGUUUUUCUGACCUUAUGCAAGAAAGAGCUUCCCAAGUCUCAGUUUACGCAGACAUGCAAAACAACAACAGUGUGCCAGCAGAGAGCUUUGGUGGUUUGAUGAAGAGAAAAAUUACUGGUUACCAAGAGGAAAAAGCAAAGGCACCCUCUUCAGUUCCGUAUAACCCUCCAGAACCUGGAGAAAUUGAUGCUGAAAAGCUUUUAGAAGAUCCUACCAAAAGUAACGCCCGAGGCCAAAGUCCCACACCAUCUGUUCUGGGGGUAUGCCACAAAUUUUUGGAAGAUCUAAUCAGCAGGCUUUUAUCUAACACUCUCCCUGCCACCGCCAGCACAUCUUCCUCUACAGAAAAUAAAAUGGAUUUUGCAGAAUUUGACUUAAUUCACAUGAAGAUAAUCAGUAAAGUCAUGGCAAAAAUCUCUGAAGAUGAGAACUCUUCCAGCCUGCAUACUGAACAGCCGCAUUCCAGGGCGGAGGACACGAUUCAAAGAAUUGCUGAUGCAGUCUAUAAUAAGCUUUUGACACAGUUUCAGUCUAGAUUAAAUAUGCAGAACUGUCUAAGAAAUGGGUGCAUGGUUAUUUCUGAAGCUCUCUGUGACUUGGUCAUCCAAGAGGUUUCUGGACAUCCACUGCAGAACUCUCUUUCUGAAGAAUUACUGCUUCACCACUGUGCUGGAGCUGACGAGAUUGCUGAAAAAGUUACACUAACAAAUGUUACUGAGCCUUUGCAUCACCCAAACAGUUUAUCAUCAUAUCUUAGUAAGAUAGCUCCCCUCAUCAUAGAAAAACUAGAAGCAAACCUUAUGUCAACACUUUCUUCCCUCUUUCCCUUUCCCGAUUUGGACAGAGAAAAGAUUUUGUUACUGAAUGGAGCAACUAGGAAAAUACUGCAUGCUUUGCAAGUAGUCCUGUCACAACACCAGAUGAACAUGAACAAACAUAUCAAUGAAAGAGAAUUUUUAGGCACUGAAGACAGGCCGGCUAUGGGAGACAUAUUCCAUUUGGCUUCCACAAGCACUGGAGACCAUUCUGACUCUGACAUUUUUGUUUGCGGAAACCUAACAGAUAAGACAGAUAUUUUAGCUAAUAGGAUAGCGGCUUCCAUAGCAAAAGAAGUUGCCAAACCUGAAUUUCAAGGCAGUUCAGAGGGGGAGACAUUGCCUGUUUCAACUUCAAAAGCAGAAGCUGUUAGGAUUGUUGAGAAAUUCCCUGCUGAUUUUGGCACGAUAGAGAAAAUGCCAAAGCCACCUAUAAACCCACCUAUUCUUGUGGUACCCGUGACAUUUGUGGAAGAAAUAUUAAGUCGAUUCCUUGCAAAAGUCUUAAGUUCAAUUGAUGGCACAAGCCCAAAUUCCAGAAGACAUUUAUCACGAUCCAAAGUGAAUGAAAUUGUUGAGGACCUUAAAGAGGCCAUGGAACAAGGCCUGUCCAAACAUAAAAUCAGCCUUGUGGCAGCUACAAAUGAACAUUUACCUCCAGAGCGUGAAGACGCAGUUAAUGAAGUUGUUCUUUCUGUUUCCAGGAAUAUGUUACAAAUAUCUGGAUCUGAGCAAGAACUUCAUGAUGACAUAACAGGUUUCGAUUUAUUUUUUCCUCAAGAAAUGGCUAUAGUAAUAAUUGAGGAACUCUCUGAUUGCCCCUUUUUACAGGCUGGUGGUGACAAUCCAGCAACACCAAGCCGAAGUGCAAUGAACCCAGGCAGAAUUGCCGACAUGGUCCUUUCCCAAGUGUCCGUUAGACCAGGGGAGUUGGAAACGCUGGCUGCAGGCGCUAGCCAGAAUGAACAAAGAUCUCCCACACCAGAAGACAUGGAUGUUGAUACAGCAGCUGCUCCAAAAAAAGUGUCUUCAUUUUUUAUGAGGGUUCCAAAUGCUCUAUCCAGAGUACGGUGUUUUCUUUCAAGUUGCCUACUACACCGCAGGAACCUUCGGGAAGUAUCACCAGAAAUUACACCUACACGUUAAUGUUGUUUUGGAAAAAACAGAAAAAAAUAUAAAUAAAGUCAUGAAAAAAUG